AUGGAUGAUGAUAAUCCAACUGAUGAUGUGAUACGAAAUAUUAUCACCAGAUAUGAAUGUGAAGAAGAUGAAUUUUUACGAGAAUUGGAAGGUAUGCAAAAUCAAAUUACCGAAAGAACAACAUUUUACGAGGAAGUUCCAAUAUUUGGAGCAUUGUGUAGUUUGGUUGGUGAAAUUAGCAAACUUCGUCGGGAGAAUAAAGCAUUACGUUAUCGGCUUAGUAUGGCAGUUGAGCCAAAACGUAGUGUUGUCCAUCGAGUUAGUGCUAUUCUCGAAGGCCGAAGUAAUAUUAUCCCAAAAAUCAUGGGUCGGCGAACUUUUCAUCAAUGUGAAAUAAAAAAUGGCGCACAUGAACGCUUAUCUACACCACCACAUAAGGAAAGUCUAACGGCAAGUUCCUAUUCAACAGAUAUUUCUUCGGAUGUAUCGGAUCCACUCCGAACAACUUUAGCAGUAACACGCCAAAUUCCUGCUCCACCAGUGAUUGUGCCAGAAAUGUUUGAUUCUGAUGCAGAACAUCCCAUUUUUACAGAAGUUGCAUUACCAAAUUAUGGAGGUGGGAGUAGUAAGAUACGAGGAAGUCGUGCCACGAUGAAACGCUCCAAAGUAUCAUCAGUAUCGGAACGAACAAGUCCUUCAUCUGCAUCAUCUCGUGAUCAUUCCGAAAAUAUGGCAUCAAGUCGAACAGGUGGUUUCUUCGAAAUAAUUGGUUUAAAAAAGAAGAAAGAAAAAUUAGUUGAAUCGAAAAAAGAAACAAUAACCUGUAAAGUGGUGUUAAAGAAACGGAAACGUAAAAUUAGUGAAAGCAGUUCGGUUCAUUCCACGGACAAUAAUACACGAAGCGAUAAGUGGAGUAAUUCAACGAUAGCAAGUAAGAAUAGCCAAUCAACUGACAAGAGCGCCAAUGAUGAAUUGAAUGGUGGUAAUAAGCAUUCAUUGCUUCAGGCUCCUAAACAAUAUCACAUUCAACGUCAACAUAAGGAACAAGAAAAUCAAAAAUGUUCACGUGGUAAGAAUUCAAUAACGGUCAGUGAAGAAAGUGAUGAUGAUCAUCACAAUGAACGUUCUGAUAGCACAUCGAAAAAUAUCAUUUGUCCAGAUUUAAAUGGUUCCAGAUCAACUGCACAACAGAAUCGUUUUUCAAAUCGCGGAAUAUCCGAUAAUCGAGCAAUUCUUGAUGAGAAUGAAAAAAUACGAAAUGAAUUAAUAAUAAUCAGAAAUAGAAAUAAUCGAUUGAUUGAACAAUUACGUGAAAAAUCUAUGGAACAUUCUAAUUUAGCAACACGAAUGAAUACUCUUCAAAAACAGAUUGGAAUAUUACGCAAUCGUUGUCGUCUUAAUGAAGCAUUGGAAAAAUUAUCAGUUAAUGAUCGAAUAGUCACAAAAGCAACAGCAACAAUUGAUAGUGUAGAAGAGAAGUUAAAAAUUUUCGAUAGUAAACUUCAAGCUGUAAAAGCGGAAAUGAUGAAGAAUAGUCAAGCGAUUAUCAACCAAUCGUUUCGAGAACAAAAUGCUUAUCAAUCAUGCUUAGAGCAUAUCGAAAGGUUGCAACAAGAUAAUUUCUCCAUACUACAACAUAAAGGAUCAGAUAUUGCCAGUCAUGAUCAACGUAUGCGUCAAUUAUUGGAAAUAAUGCCUUCCUAUGAUGCCUUGUACUCGUUUACUAUUAGUAUAGUUCGAAAGUUAGGCCAACUUCGUACUUCUUACAUCGAAAAGAACAUUUACGCCAAUCGAUCAGAUUUUGAAGUGAUGCGUGUUCAAUCGUCCUUACUUAUAAUUCACGCUCAGCUGGAACGAUUGAAACUGCAACUUUAUGAAGCCACAAGACGUCGACCAUCACGACCUGCCUCAUAUCAUGGCGAAGAUUUGUUGCAAAAAACGAUUAAGCCAGAGAUGAAUUUUUUGUUGCCAUUUAAAUUACACGGAUCACGAAUUCGGAAAUAUUAUCGUUCCGAUUCCUGUGCUAUGGAAUCGGAAGUUGAAAAAAAUGAGCAAAGCAUUGAAAAUGAAUUUUUGCGAUUAUUCGAUUAUGCUAGAUGCUUAUCACGAAUAUCCGAAUUCACGGGAUUAAAUAAAGCCCAUCCUGAAGGCGCUGGCAUUUCGAAUUCAAAUUCACACGUUAAGGACGAUUUACAAAGUACUACUACUAUUAUACCACAACAAGGUACUCCACGACAUCGAGAACAGCUACUCAGAAAUUCUGCUAACAAAAUCUGUAUGUCGCAACGAAAUCACAAAAGUCAGUCAGCAGGACGACCAAUUAGCUUACAUCCAUUAAUAAAUUACGAUCAUACACGAUCAAUCGUUUCGUCAUUGCAAGAUGUUCGCAAUAAUAUGAUUCGUAGUCCGUGUUCCACGCCUAUUAUGGCGCGACGGAUAAAUUUGAAUGAACGUCCGCGAAUUAUCAAUCAAGGAUCAUUGGAUUCAUUUGGUGGAAAUGAAUUAGCUAAAUACGAUACUCCGCUUUCUCAUAGCAGCGGCUCAUCUGAUUAUGCUGUUAUCAGUGGCAAGCAACUUUACAUGGAAAAACGAUCAAUGAUGUCGAAACGAUCAUUAUCAAUUAAUCCAUCCAGAUUACCACACUUGCGCAAAAGUAUAAAUCAUGCCAAUUCACCUCCAUUGCUUAACGAUUGCGAUGGUCGAAAUGUUUGUCAAUUAGGGCGUAAUCCUGAAAUUGUCGGAGCGAUCCGGGAGGAAAAUGCCGGGUCAACAGUUCCGAAAAUUUUCGAAAAAAGCCGACUUCCGAAAAUAUCAUCUAUUCCAAUGGAGAAAAAGAAAUGUACUUCAUGGUUAAGUCGGAUCAGAUCGACUAAAUAA